GAAGCACUCCAAGUGCCAACCUGCCGGCGAUUUCGAUUCUAGUUAGCGGGAAGGCAUUAGUCGCCCGAAGAAGAGGCAAUUUGAAUCUCCCCAUAUCUCCACGUGUGUCUGUGCCCUAAAGCCCUUCAGUUUAAUGCUGUGGCACUGGAGCUGACACUCACCCUCUGUAUACAGGGCCAUUGUCAUUCUAAUGCUGCAUUACUGCAGCUGUUCUGCCUGAUACUUCAUUAUUACUGGGUGGGAGGAGAAAUGGUGAACAAUGGAAUUGUUGUACUAAUUAGGAUAUCAAUACUAAUACCGAUACUAAUACCAAUGCUAAUACCGAUACUGAUACUAAAUGUACGGCAGCAGCUGAGAUCAGAGCUAAGGGAUUGCAGGUCGGUACAAUUGUAACAGGAUUAUUAUGUAUUGGCAGGGAACUCAGAGACCACAGGGGAAAUUAGAAGACUUCCCAAGUGGCUGAUAUGGGAAUCAAACCUGCGCCCCCAUGAAUAACAGGACUGAGGCAUAAGGAGGAAGCCUUUCUCCCCAAAUAAUAUCACCUAUUAUUGGUUUAUGUAAAGUGCAGCACAUUCUUAUCAUUUAUACUUUCUACAAACAGCGCCCCCUGGUUACACAAUUAGGGAAACUGCGAACAACUUUGCCAAAAAAAUUUGUCUCCUGUCUUGGUUGAUGGUCACCAGGAAUUCGAAGUCAAGAGGAUUUUGGACUCUCGUUUUUCCAGGGGUACUCUUCAGUAUCUCAUCGAGUGGAAAGGGUUCGGUCCGGAAGAGUGCUCCUGGGUGAGGAACUCGGACGUCCAUGCGCCUGCCUUGGUCCGAAACAUCAAAUAUGGACAAAAGGAUGACUAUAAAACUAUGGCCAAUGAAACUGAAAAUAUUGAAGUUCUGUCUGUUAUUUCUCUUUUUCUCUACAAUGACCUUGAUGGGAUUCCACAUCUAUUUCGUAAAUAGAAUUUGGGUUCCAACAACAGUGCAUCCCAGAAAUGUUGGACCCUUAUACCCUUAUCUCAUCGAGGAGCCAUCAAAAUGUAGAGGAGACCCCCCAUUCUUACUGCUGCUCAUUCCUUCAAUGCCACAAGAUGUUCUUGUCAGGGAUGUCCUGAGGAAGACUUGGGCCAAUGAAAGCUUAGUCCCUGGAAUCUCCAUCAAGAGGAUUUUCCUUCUGGGUAGGUCCUUUGUCAAUGACACUGAAAUAUCUGUGAGACAAGAGAGUUCUACAUUCCAUGACAUCAUCCAACAGGAUUUCCUGGACACAUACCGUAAUCUGACCAUCAAAACACUGAUGGGUAUAGAGUGGGUGAGUCGUCUCUGCCCCCGAGUCAGUUAUGUCAUGAAGGUGGAUGGUGACAUGUUCUUCAACCCUUGGUUCCUGGUGAGACAGAUCCUACAGCCAGAGAAGCCCCUCAAGCUGGAAUUUUUUACAGGGCUAAAAAUAACAAUUGGCACGCCCUUCAGGAGCAUGAAAAGCAAAUGGUAUAUUUCAUACAAAACGUACCCUAAAUUCUUUUACCCUUACUAUUGUUCUGGCACAGGCUAUGUCUUCUCAGGGGACUUGUCACCAAAGAUCUACAAAGAAGCAAUGGGGUUGACCCUUAUACCAUUUGAGGAUGUCUUUUUAGGUUUCUGCUUAGAAAGAAUGGGGGUUCACAUCUCCGUGCCUGCGGGUAAAUGGUUUUCACAAGAAAGGACACAGUACGAUAGGUGCCAAUUUACAAAGCGGGUUACUGAUCAUCAUUACGGCCCAGAUGAAUUGUUCAAGUUGUGGCCUGAUUUCCUCAAGGCUCUUGAAGACUGCACUGGAUAGUAGGAUGUCUUGUAACUGCACCCUGUAUGCAGGACAACAAUAGACUCAAAACAUUACUUUUUGAUCGCCUCUUGUUUAUGCAAUAAGUCAGUCUGCAUGGAAUUAAGGCUUUUGCUUGAGCUAUGGUUUUUUUGGGUUCUCCAGAGGGUUAUCAGAUGGGGUUUCUGGAAUGGACUGCUCAAUGGACUGGAAACAGUAGUCUGUAAAGCCUCUUGUUUGUGGGCUCAGCGCUACUCACAGUCAAUAAAAAGACAAAAUCCCACCUCCCUCCCUCUCUAUUGAACAUUACUUUUUGAUGGCCUCUUGUUUAUGCAAUAAGUCAAUCUGCAUGGAGCUAGAUCGAUGCCUGAGCUAUGGGUUUUUUUGGGUUCUUCAGAGGGCUAUCAGAUGGGGUUUCUGGAAUGGACUGCUCAAUGGACUGUUUAUGGGCUCGCUCUACUCACAGCCAGUAAAAAGAGAAAAGAUCAGAAGUGGCCUUCUCCUGGGAUUUGUGGGGAAGUAUCUUAUAUCUUAACUGUACAAACAAAAGGGCUCAUCUUAGGUGACUAAAAUUAAAUUCUAUAGACCUUUAUUGUUGCUUUAUAAAUACAAUUUCAAAUGCUGUUAGUUUGGAAGACAGAAAUGUGGACGUUCUAUUUCGUGACCUAUUUCUGGGCCUGCAGGAAGCCGCUCGUGGCCUUUAUUUGAAAGACUACUGUAAUGCAGUGUAAAAGAAAAAAAAAAUGUCUUGAAAAACCUUUGAUGGAUCUGCAAGAGACUGAAUCUUUGAUAGAUUCGUAUAAUUUCAUAUUUAUAAAAAUUUCAUAUGUACAAAAUAUUUUAUAUAUUUUUCAAAAAAUGAUCAUGUUUUGCUGAUAUUUAUGAUCUUUUAAAGGAGAAUUCAACCCUUUAAGGAAAAAAAGCCAUACCCCCUCCCUCCUCCCCCCAGCCUAACUGCCCCCUCCUCGGGGAAAUGCCCCAUACUUUAUACUUACCCCUCGGCGCAUGCGCAGUUGAAGCAAUUUGCCGGUUGGCGAUAAAAAUUGUCACGAAAAUUGCCGAAAGAAGACACGAAGCCCCGGAAGAUGGCUGCGUGGAACUCCAAUGCCAGAAUCUGCACCGAGGGGUAAGUAUAAAGUAUGGGGCAUUUACCCGGGGGUUGAAUUCUCCUUUAAAGAGAAGGAAAGCUCCUAUAGAUUGGGUGCCACAUUUUAGGGCAUCCCCUCCCCCAAGUAUUGUAAUGACCUACCUGAUUCCCAAGACCAGGGAUCCUGUUAGUAGAAAAUGAUGUCAGUUUGGGGGACUUGCAAGUGAGCGAUCCUCUUCUUCUUUCUUUGCAUGGGCACACAAUGGACAGUAGAAUUAAAAGCCGGCUUUCUCACUUUACUGCAUAUGCGUCGCCUGCUGAAUUUUGAAGAACGAAGAAGGGAGGAAGAGGACAAGGAAGGCUUUACUCCUCUUUUCAGCUCAGGAAAUGAUUCCCCCUCAUUGGAAUUGCUGCUGGAUGGAAGCAGGAAAACCUGAGCAGCAACAAGAGGCAUUACUGUAGAGGAGACGACCCUCUGGGAUUUAUUUUUUUUGGUUAGCGACCAAGAAUAUUCUAAUUCUAAGUCUCUUAUUCAAAUAAACGCAUAGUUGUUAGGGUAAUUUAAACCCUAGCAACCAGAUUGCUGACUGAAUAAAAAGCUAAAUAACCUAAAAACCACAAAUAAUAAAAAAAUUGAAAACCAA